AUGUCCACAGUGAAUAUCAUUGAUCUUCUUACCAAUCCAUUUGAUGUGAUCAUCAUCGGUGGGGGAACAGCCGGCCUCGUCCUUGCCACUCGUCUAUCCGAGGAACCAGGCGUCCAAGUCGGGGUGAUCGAAGCAGGGUCUUUUCGGCUGGACGAUCCCAAGCAACCCGACUAUGAUUGGAAUUUUGAGAGCAUUCCCCAGGCCGGCACUAGUGAAAAGGCGUAUCAUCUUCCCCGAGGCAAAAUGCUAGGGGGUUCAAGUGGAAUAAACUUCAUGUCUUAUAAUCGACCAUGUGCUGAAGGCCUCAAUGACUGGGCUGAGAAGCUGGGCAUCAAAGGAUGGAGAUGGUCAGCCCUGGUGCCGUAUUUUAAACAAAGUGAGAACCUGGAGCCAGUCAUUAACACCAGCGCAACAGAUUGUCCAGUGAACCUAGAGGCUCAUGGAAUCAAUGGGCCCAUUCAUGCCUCAAUCGGCUCCUGGCAACCGCCUAUAGAAGAAUCCCUCUUGGCUGCAUUCGAUGAGGCCGCUCAUCUUCCACGGCCAGUUGAGCCCUAUAGUGGCGAUCAUUUGGGAUUCUACCGGUCCUUGUUCACAAUAAACAGAACCAGCAAGCCAGUCAGGAGCUAUGCGGCUAAAGGUUAUUUUGCUUCUGUUAUGGGACGCCCUAAUCUCAAGGUCUUAGAGAACGCACAGGUGUGCCGCUUUAUUCUCUCUGAUGCUUCAGACGGGACUCUAGACGCGGAAGGAGUGGGAUUUCACCAUAUGGGAAAGAGACAUGUCGUGUCAGCUAAGCGGGGCUUGAUUCUUAGUGCUGGAUCUUUCCAGGGUCCCCAGCUGCUGGAGCUGUCUGGGAUUGGAGAUCCUCACGUUCUCGAACAAGCUGGGAUUGUGUGUAGAGUGGCCAACGUCGACGUGGGCAACAAUUUACAAGAACACACCAUGUACCCGAGCCUCUACGCCAAACACCAUUCUGGGGCUCUGUCUGGAUCCCUGAGUCUGAUGGGCUUCAUUCCGUACUCAUCGCACGCCGACAAGAUGGAUACCACCAUUUCUCGGAUCUUUUCAACUUCAACUGUGAACAGCGGAGGACUGGCUCAGCAAAACAUCAACUACCAACGCCAGCAGCAGGAGGUGAUCGCCUCCCGGAUGCAAAGUCCCAGGUCUGCAAAUAUUCAGUUUAUCGGCAUUCCAGCGUAUUUCAACACCAGCACAGGCCACCAGAACUUUACCAAGGUCAUGUCUAGCCCUCCCGUCGGCUACUAUCCAUGCUAUUCAAUCUUUGUUAGCAACAUGUAUCCUGUAUCUCGCGGGGAGGUGCAUGUAUGGACCUCUAAUCCCCUCGACGCGCCUGCGAUCGAUCCGGGGUUUCUCUCACAUCCGGUGGACGUGGAUUUUCUGGCGACUGGAACUGUCUUUGUCGAUCAGGUCUUUCAAUCCAAGUUAUUGAACGGAAAAAUUGGCCGUCGAGUUAGUCCCCCUGCGGGACUUGACCUCGCAGAUCUGGAGGAAGCUCGCCGAUUUGUUCGGGAUAACAUCAUGCCAUACCAUCACCCGCUGGGAACAUGCGCAAUUGGACAGGUGGUCGAUGAGAGGCUGCGGGUUAAAGGGGUCCGGCGUCUCCGUGUGGUGGAUGCCAGUGUCAUGCCCAUGCAGGUCAGCGCCACCAUCAUGGCAACAGUUUAUGCCAUUGCGGAACGGGCUUCAGAUAUUAUCAAGGAGGCCUUGGAGUUGGGAGGUUCCACUGCUUGUGACGCUAUGGGUGGCUGUCUGAUUGAGGGUUUUGGCAUACAUAUGUGAGCAAUGAUAUUUGAAUUUGUCCUGCAAUUGUUCGGCGGCAGAACUCAGUCAGACAAGAAGAGGAUUGACUUCUGGGAGCUGAGUCACUAUGCCCCCUCUUUACUUCUAGC